GGUGAUAUAAGUUAUAUUGAUCAUGUGCGGGCAUGGUUACAUAUCUGUAACUCCCCGACGUAUAUGCUAACCCCUAUUCGCAUCAGAGACCACACCUCCUUAUCGAGUCUAAUAAGACCCGCUCUAUGGCCACUACGCCCCGCAGUGACAAGACUUUUGGAUAUGGCUAGAUCGAAGAUGCCACGUCCGUUGGGUACCACCCGCCCAACAGGUUAAAGAGCAAAGGCGUCCCGGCAGAAAGGUUCAGGAUUCCCGUCACACACAUAGCAUCGUACAGCAGGUUUCGUUACCACCACCCUGCCUCCCAAGUGUGCCUGCCUUCCUCCCUCCUUCCCUCCCCAAAUCAUGACUGCCCACGAAGUCUUACUGGCCUCGUUGCCAUCCCGCGACAGACUGCUCGAGAAUCUGACGGUUCGUAAUGGCCUUUUGCUUAUUUGCGGAUGGCUGGUCUUCGAGCUGGCUCGGGCCGCUUACAAUAUCUCCCCACUCCACCCCCUCUACCGAAUCCCCGGCCCGAAGUUAGCGGCCGCGACAUAUCUACCCGAGUUUUGGUAUGACUGCGUGAAAUUCGGCCGAUACACCCGAGUAAUUGAGAAAAUGCACCAGCAAUAUGGCCCCAUAGUUCGUAUCAAUCCGUAUGAAGUGCACUGCAAUGACGCCCAAUUCGUCGACGAGAUUUACGCGGUUGGUGGUCGGAAGCGGGACAAGUCGUACCACCAAGUUAGCGGCUCGACUAUGGAACUUUCUGGAUUCGGAACCGCCGACCACGAGGUCCACCGGCUGCGCCGUGCACCUUUAGCCAAGUUCUUCUCCAGGAUCCAGAUCGCCAAGCUAGAGACGCACAUCCAAGACCUGGUACAGCAACUCUGCGGCAAGUUGCUCGCCGAGACGGGCAAAAAUGUGCCCAUCAACGUUCAAGAAGCGUACAGUUGCUUCACUUCGGAUGCCGUCGCCGACUACUGCUUCGGCGAAAGCUUCGGGUUCCUCGCGCAAGAUUCGUUCGAGCCUAACUUCCGAGAGCCAUUGUACUCGAUGUUGCAGACUGUCUUCCUUUUCCGUUUCUUCCCCUUCUUGAAGCACACUGUCGCUGCAAGCUCAUGGCUUAAGGACUACCUACCUGAGGGCACAAGACUCCUCAUCAGAACCCUGAACAUCGACAUGCCCAACCGCAUCAUGAAGACCAAGCAAGACGUCGACGCAGGCAUCGUCCGCGACCGUAAAACCGUCUUCGGAGAACUUCUCUACUCAGACCUCCCACCCAAAGAGAAAUCCGUCCGCCGUCUCGCCGACGAAGCCGCAGCAGUUCUAGGCGGCGGUACCGAGACAGCCAGCUGGACCCUCUCAGUGCUAACAUACCACCUCCUAGCCCAACCCCAUAUCCUCGCCAAAAUGGCCGAUGAGAUGCAAACCGUAGUAUCCGACCCCAAGAGACUGCCCCCAUGGACCGUUCUCGAGAAGUUACCCUACUUCACCGCUGUCUUGCAAGAGGGUCUUCGUCUAUCCUACGGUAUCGCAGCGCGUACUACCCGUGUGCCUACUGAGGAGGAUCUCGUGUACCGCGGCGUGUGGAUGCCUGCUGGUGCGGAGAAGCCGGCGCAGGUCUCGUAUAUUAUUCCCCGUGGAUACGGUAUCGGUAUGUCUGCUGUGAUGAUGCACCAUGAUGAGGAGCUGUUCCCGGACUCGCACCGCUUUUUGCCGGAGCGGUGGUUGGAUCAGAAUGGUCAGCGCAGGAAGGAGCUUGAUCGUUAUUUGUUGUCGUUUUCGAAGGGUAGUCGAGGGUGCUUAGGUCAGAAUCUUGCCCUCUGCGAGUUGCAUCUUUCUCUUGCUGCGCUUACACUAAGGGUGCUUCCGCGUAUGCGUCUAUUUGAGACUACUGAGGAUGAUGUUAAGUACGACCAUGACAUGUUCGUGCCCCUGCCCAAGGAUGGUAGCAAGGGUGUACGAGUGGUCAUUGUAUAAGCGAGGGUUUAACACCGAGUUAUAAUGUUGAGUCACAACGACUCUAAUUAUUAUGAAUGGUUACGUAUGGGGGCUGGGGCCCCUUAAUGGGAUUCAACACCUCUAGUUGACAUACCAUUGUUUGGUAUGGUUGACAUUAUGGAAUGGCGGAGUUUUGUAGGAUCUACGGUGUGGCCUGGAGUGAUACCGCUGGAUGGUGGGUGUAAGGAUGGAGUAAGGUAGGUAGGUAAUAUCUUUCAAAUUCUUUUAAGGAGUUGAAGAGACUGUCAAAUAGGUAGUAUAUCAGGAGGGGAUACCCAUUCAUU